AGGAAGGAAGGAAGGAGGAGCAGCUGAGAGAGAGGCUUCCCUUCCCUUCCACCGGAGCAAAGCCUGGCUGAGCCUGAGAGAGAGAGAGAGAGAGAGAGGAGAGGGUGGCUUCUGUCCCUGAUGCUUCUGCAGCCUUUGGACUCAGCCUUUGGGGAAGGGGACAGCUCUUCUGGGCAGCCUCCCUUUCUGCCAUCAAGCACAACCAAGGUGUGAACUCCAAAUGAAGCAUAAAAAUCCUUGAUUCCAUAACUCCACCACUUACCUGAACAGUGAAAGAAGAAUGACCAAACAAUCUGUCUGACACUAAGCAGCUGGACCACAGAAAAGAGCUCAAGAUGGCCCAGUGUAAAAACAUUGCUGUUCAUUUUGUCGAAGAAUGGUGUCGGCAGGAUCUACCCCUCCACUGUAAGAAACACCGAAAUGUCAGGAAAAAACAGCGACUCAUACGAAUACUGGGACUUUUCUUAGGUAUUAUGGCUGUGAGCACUCUCUCUCUUUCCAUUAGUGCCUUUUCCCAGCUGGAACCUUAUAGCUCAGAGACAGCCAGCAGCCUAGGUAGCCCAAAGUUUGCACACACACAGCAAAGGACUCUGUUGGACUUUAAGGAACAGAAUCAAAAUGGCACUUCAGGUUCAUCUGUUUCUAUGAAACAUGGAGCUGAAGGGGAAAACCACACUGAGGAACACAAAGGGGAGUAUCCAGAAGAUCUUUUUUCUCUUGAGGAAAGAAGAAAGGGUGCUGUAAUCCUUCAUAUUCUUGGUAUGGUUUACAUGUUCAUAGCCUUAGCCAUUGUCUGUGAUGAGUUCUUUGUCCCUUCAUUGACAGUCAUCACAGAAAAACUGGCAAUUUCUGAUGAUGUGGCUGGGGCAACAUUCAUGGCUGCUGGUGGCUCUGCCCCAGAACUUUUUACUUCUUUAAUAGGAGUCUUUAUAUCUCACAGCAAUGUUGGCAUUGGAACAAUAGUUGGAUCUGCAGUAUUCAAUAUCCUGUUUGUGAUCGGGAUGUGUGCUUUAUUUUCUAAAGAAAUUUUGCACCUUACUUGGUGGCCACUUUUUCGGGAUGUGUCUUUUUACAUCAUGGACUUGAUAUUGCUAAUAAUCUUCUUUUUGGACAACUUCAUUAUGUGGUGGGAGAGUUUAACCCUGCUGACUGCUUAUAUGACCUAUGUGACUUUCAUGAAGUUCAAUGUGCAAGUGGAAGAAUGGGUGAAAGGCGUAUUAAGCAAGAAAAAGGUGGAGAAAGUAGCACCAGAACCUGAAGGAAAGUCAAACCUUGGGGAAGAGCAGACACUUACGACUAAACCAUGUCUCCAGCGGGGUGGAAGUUCUGCUUCUCUGCACAACAGUCUCAUGAGGAACAGCAUCUUCCAACUUAUGAUUCACACACUUGACCCACUUGCUGAAGAGCUUGGAUCAUAUGGAAAGCUAAAAUAUUAUGACACAAUGACUGAAGAAGGAAAGUUCAAAGAAAAGGCAUCAAUUCUUCAUAAGAUGGCAAAAAAGUGCCCGGUGGAGGAUGGUGAAAAGCGGAAUGGAACUGCUAAUCACGCCGAAAAAAUUGAAGUGGCUGUGACACCUCCAAAUGAUGGUCCUGGACCUGUGCAGAAUGGAGCUGCUGUUGGAGCAGAUGAGGAAGAGGAAGAUGAAGAGCAUCCACUCAGCCUGGCCUGGCCUGACACCCCACGCAAGCAGAUCAUCUACCUGGUCAUUUUUCCUAUUGUUUUUCCAUUAUGGGUCACCUUGCCCGAUGUCAGGAAACCAUCAUCAAGGAAGUUUUUUCCUUUCACAUUUUUUGGAUCAAUCACUUGGAUAGCAGUAUUUUCAUACCUAAUGGUCUGGUGGGCACAUCAGGUUGGAGAAACCAUUGGCAUCAGUGAAGAAAUCAUGGGCUUGACCAUCUUAGCUGCUGGCACAUCUAUCCCUGACCUAAUUACCAGUGUUAUUGUGGCAAGGAAAGGGCUAGGGGACAUGGCAGUUUCCAGCUCUGUGGGAAGUAACAUCUUUGACAUCACAGUGGGCCUUCCUCUCCCGUGGCUCCUCUUUGCUUCAAUCAACAACCUUGCCCCAGUGGCAGUUAGCAGCAAUGGGCUAUUCUGUGCUAUUGUCCUCCUCUUCAUCAUGCUGCUCUUUGUCAUCCUCUCUAUUGCGGCCUGCAAGUGGAGAAUGAAUAAAAUCCUCGGAUUCACCAUGUUUGGGCUUUAUUUUGUGUUCCUGAUCGUCAGCGUCAUGCUAGAAGACAGGAUCAUUGUAUGCCCUGUGUCCAUCUAAUAAGUUGGAGGUUCUGUUUCUUGAACAACACAGCAAAUCAGGAACAGACAAGAACAGAAAACAUCUCAUUCAACCCAAAAUGAGCAGUGGCUUUAGAACCCUGUAAUUUAAAACAUUGGGGACAAGAGGGUCUGAAGUCAGAUGUGAACAUGUUCGGCUGAUAUAUUUACUGAUGCUGAAUAAACGACAAACGAUGAACAGCCGGCUGCUUAAGAACAUGCUCCUGGGAUGGUUCCACUGCUUGUCUGUUGGAGGUAUUGUGCAUGUAUUGUAUAACCAAUGUUCUGCUUAUUAUGUAUGCUACACAUAGAAUCUGUUUCCAUAUAUUUUUCUCUCUAUACCUAUAUAUUAAUAUACACAUGACACUCAAAGAGAGGAGAAACGCCAUAUCUAUCAGGAUACAGGGGAAAUGUUAAUAUUGGAUUUUGGGAGACCCAAAUCUCCCAGGUCCUUAACAGGAUUUUACCUGUUUGUACAUGCUGAUGGGGAAGGUAUUAUCCAAUAUCAUCAGCACAAGUAGCAUGACAGAGAAGAGAAGGAUGGUCUUCUGCCUGUGGACAAAGUGCUAUUCCAGUGCAGCUUGCACACAGGGUAGAUGCCAAGGCUACAGGUUUUGGAAGCCUGCAGUUUUGGGGAUCAGACUAUCACAAGGGGCAUUGAUUCCCCCAACAAGUGAGGUGAUAACAUUUAUGGAUCCAGAUACAUUUUCAAAAAAUAUGCAAUUCAGAUUAUCUUGCAUUCUGUAGUUUCAAAAUUUAGACCAGCUUGCAGAUGCAUGUUGAUCAUUGCAUUACCACAGCAUCAAAUGAUUCCUUGCAUGUGUGGUAGUAUCAUUAGAUAUCAGAUGCCACAGAGAGGGGCUUUAUAUUGCUUCAUUAACAGUAUCAUCCAUGGAGAGUCUACAUUUUCAGCUGCACAUUUAAAGAUGAUGAGUAAGCAAGCAACAUCCAUGCAUGUGUGAUCCUACCACAUUGUCCAGUAAUAAUACUGCUUGACUUGCUCUGCUUGACCUACUCUGGCUUCUUAGGAGAGAUUAGGCAUUUUUGUUCUCUAUAUAAACUGACUCGCUCUUAGAAGGCUGUCUGAGAUAGCUACAGAUAAAACCCACACUAAAGAUUUGAACUCUGUUCCGCUGUCCCUUUAUCAGCCAAGUAGAAAAUGCAGGUACCAACUAAACUCCUUUUACUUGUGCAGCAAUAAUGUAAGAAUAUUAAAUCAUUUUAAUGUUGCAUCCAUUGGCGUAUUUGCCUGGUCGAAUGAGAGGCUGGAGUAGCUUCCACAUAACUUUUAAAAUAGAAUUUCAAAACUGCUGCAUGAAGGAGACAUAGACAAAAGAGAGAAGCAUUUUGUAUGUUAUUUCAUUUUUAUAGGCAGUACUACAAAACUUCACAGUUCUCAUGUUGCUUUGUCUGCUAAAUCUUUGGGAAGAUAUGGGAAGGAAAAAUAUUUCUGCAAAAAUGGAAUGAUGGGCCUGAAAAAUUGAAUUGGGCUUUUCUGAAAUUGAUAAGAAAUGUUGAAUGCUCUCCUCACUUGCGUAUGGACAAAGACAGUUCCUUCCUGUUCAUAUGCAAACCACAGGAAGACAGGCAGCUUGGUAUCAAAGGAAUAAAACUGAAAGAGGUUUUGUAUUUGCUAAGUCACAGCAUGAAAUAGAUCUGCGGAAAACAACAACUCUGGUUUAUUUGGCAAUAAUCAGUACUUGUAUGUUUUCUAUUUUCUCUCCUGUUCAAACUCAUGCAAUGUUGUUUCCAUGAGUGACUCAUUACCAGCGGUUUUUUAUGUAUUAAGAUACCUGUGCUAAAUGGAAAUUGGAUAUCUAGGACUGCGUAACAGGGAAUUCAACAAACUUUGCUGUGGCUCUGGUGUUAAUUGUGCUAUUGCUGAGUUUCCUUGUUUGUCUCCUGCUUUCAUUCUAUGCAGUGUAUCUGUCCAUGGCUGAAUUUAUAUAGCUAUAUCCAAGUAAAUCACAGGACUCAUAAAAGCAACCCCAGCAGAAACAAAACAUGUCUGUUUAGAAGAUGUGGAAAGUGUGGUAAUAAGGAAAACCAGCAAACUACAGUGCGCCUGCAGUGUACAUGGGCCUGCCAUUCACGGAUUGAAGCUUGUGCGGAUGACAACCCUCUGAUGUUAAAAUGGUGCGCAUGCAGGAGCGCACAGCAAUAAAAAACAAUGGGAGCUGAGAUCCUGUGUUUUUUGACAUCUGUGGGAGGAUCCAUUCCAGAUCCCUCAUGUAUACCAAUGGCCCACUGUAUCACCCCUGCUGUUCUAAUAGUCUCUCUGCAAGUAAUUUUUGUUCAUCAGCAUCUCACUGGUUUGACAUUUGCUCAUAGUUACAAUGGCAGCUGGUGGUUUUCAUGUCAUUGAAUGCUCUGGAACUAACCAAGGUGCCAAAUACUGUCCUCAAAAUAGUACCUUAGGUAACCUAUUUACAGUUCAUACUGUAGUGUAUUCACCAAUCUCUGUCAUGGGAAUCACCAACCCAUCUUCUGGUUGUUCUCUAUAAUGCCCAUUGCUAUGCGGAAGCAGCACUCUGUUGAGGACACUUAGGAUUUUACUAAGCAGUGAGAUCAGGGGUGAGCAUACACCAUCUCACACACCUUCCCUUUAUUAGCCAGUGUGUUGGUCAAUGCUGCCUGAUUCUGUGCAUGUUCGUUCAGAAAUUUAAAGCCUGUUUCUUGAAGUAUACCUGAAGCCCCUAAAUUCAGCAGAGCUUACUACUAUUGGGUAUCUCUUAUUCAGAAUGCUUGGCCCACAAGUGUUCUGUAUCGAAUUCUCCCCCCAGUUUUUGGAAUACCGGCAUUUGCUGAGACAUAAUGAGACAUAAUGAGGAGAGAGACUGAGAAUGUGUGAAAUGGCAGGAAUCCAAGCAUAGUAUUUGACACAAGUCCAUGCUUCCCACCAGUUCACAGAUCCUUGUAUCUCCGUCCAGCCUCACAAAUACAGUAAAGAUAUGUAGCUCAAAAAGUUUUGGAUUUCGGAGUAUUUUGGAUUUCAUAAUUCCAGAUAAGGGAUACUCAACCUGUAUUAUGAUUGCAGCCAUAAGUAAAGUCCAUAUUAUAUAUGUUAGUAACAUCCAUGUUCAAAUAUCUGGACCAGGAUCCUAAGAAUGAGAAUGCUAAGUACAUGCACCCAACAUUUGCAUUUAUGUUUCUCAAAUAGCCAUGCCACAUGACAAAAUUCUUAUAAAUUGUGUUAAAAAUCAUGGUUGGCUGUGGAACUAGCAGGGUUGAAAGUGGUUUGAGUACAUCCAAGUUCCUGGUCAUGCUUAGAUUUAUGUUCAGGCAUGAUUUAUUCAAACCCAUAGAAGCUUCUUCCAAUCUGUUUUGAAGGCAGUAAAAUCUAAUUUCUCUUUCAACAAUUUGUAGUUUAAAUAAAAGAAUGCACAAGAACACUUGAGAACAUGGUUGUUUUCUAUGCAGUAUGGUAAUUUGGACUGCAAUCCUAAACACAGGAUUGGGGAGAAAUCCCAUUGGGCUAGGUGGAGUUUAUUAUUUAGUAAGCCUGUACAGAAUUUUGCAUAGUGUCUAAUGGCAGAAAGUGGUUGCAGAACUAGCAGAGCAAAUGUUUUAAAAUCUUACUUUGCGGCGCAGUAGCUUUACUUCUGAAAAGUAUAUAGUACUGCCAUUACUGAAGGUACAAAAGGAGGCAGGCACAUUUCCUGGUCACCAAAGCAAUAUGCAUUAAAUGGCUGAGAUGAGCUACUUGAUGGUACAUGUUAUCCAGUAAAAGUCAUGGCCUUUGGUACGAACUCAUCCCAGCAAUAAGAAUAUGCAAAAUAUAUUCUGCCUAUGUAGCAAGAAAUCACCACACAUUACUUUGUAUAGAUCAAAAUUCCCAGUAAAAUUUGGAGAUGUUUCAAAAGAUGAUGAUGAUUGAGGUUUUGGAAUGCAUGUCAUGCAAAGAAAGGCUGAAGGAACAAGCAGGCUUAGCCCUUAAUAGAGAAAUAAAUAGACUAGCUUUGCAAAAACACCAUUUGGGGAGACAGCUGUGCAGGAAGCAGUGGAGGUGGGUGGCUCUUCAGAAUGGGAACAAUGACAUUUGGAAGGGAUGGAGAACUUUUACGAGAACAAACAGUUCCAACAAAUUGCUAGAGCUUCCAUUUGACAGAGGUGUUCUUCAUUAAACUGUGUGCUUUCCACUGCUUGGUUUCCAUGGCUCCAAAAUUCUUCACUGUUUCAAACAUAACACUGUAUUCUUGGGUUACUGGAAACCUUUAGCCAAAUAACAGGCUAGUUAACUGAAACCAUGAAUGAUGGAUAUGUUGGUUGAGAUCUGCAUUGGGAGCCAUAGCUAUGCUAUCUUCUAAAACUACCCUCCAAAAUCCUACCGUUGUAGUUUCAAAGCAUCUCCACCCCGCAGCCAUUUCUGAGACACUGGAUGGUGGGGCAGUGAAGAGGGGCAUAUGUAGCUCUCUCCUGGUCACAGUGCAGUCCAAUGCAGGCAGCUGAAAAGGGUCCUGUCAAGAUUCUGUCAUGCUUGUAUAUUUCAGUGCCUCAGAAAUGGGUACGUUGGAGAGGUACUGUUUGGUUUGGUUGUUGCAAUCGUGAAAUGACCAUAAAUGGGAAUUGGAAUAAUAACUCAGGUUUACAACAUUGUAAUUACUAUACAAGAUACCUGCCAUUAUUUCUUUAGACUGCAGUAUUCUUUGGGGGUAGGGUUGUCAUCCAGAAUCAGUUCAGUGCUGCCUGAUUAUGUGCAACUUCAUUCAGAAAUGUGCAGCCUGAUUCUUGAAGUAUAUUGGAAGUGUCUACAUUCAGCAGAACUUACCUCUACAGGUUGAAUAUCCCUUAUCCAAGGUAGCUUUUCCAAGCCAUGUUUAAAAUUACAACUAGCAUCAUUUGCCUGUCUUUCUUCUCCCCCAUUUCUCCCCCAUCAGAACCAUGCACAGCCCCCAUGACACCCAGCCUGUGGAUGCUCUGUCCCAAGCUCACUUUGUACUUGGCUCCUUUCUUCAAGUCCAACUCUUCACAAGCCACUGUUUCCUCAAGUUCCUGCGUUUCAGGCCUCAGCCUACUUUGAAUCACUUAGGUCCAAAACACACUGGAGAAAUAAUCCAGUUGGAGACCAGUUCAACUGCCCUGGCUCGAUGCUAGGGAA